AUGAGUGACUGCGAAUCAGUUGCUUCCGACCUAUCUGUGGGAGCUAGCUCAGCUCAUUCUGCUGAAAGUCUUGCCAGCAUUAACAGCCUCACGUCGCCUCGUCGGCACCGCCGCACGUUGUCAGGCAUCACUCCGCGUGAGCUGAAGGUCAUUGAUAGCGUUGUUCCUCUCAAGUACCGCCAGGAAUGGAAGAAGUUCAGCGUGCACGUCAUCCAGGACAAGAGCGAUUUCCAGCUCGGGUUUGUGCGCCACGUCGAAACCACGUUGGGCCGUUCGCUGUUCAACUGUGACGAUCUUGCUGCCUACCAUGCUUCCGCACGAUCCGUCAAGGAUAGCUUGAUUGUUAUGUGGAAUCAGACCCAGCAGCGUCAGACCUUGCUCGGAAACAAGCGCAUCUACUACCUGUCCCUGGAGUUCCUUAUGGGGCGAGCCAUGGACAACGCUUUGCUCAACAUGGGUAUCAAGAAGACUGUUUCCGAUGGUCUUCACGAUUUCGGCUUCCACAUUGAGGAUAUUGAGAACCAGGAGCCCGAUGCCGGUCUGGGUAACGGUGGUUUGGGCCGUUUGGCUGCCUGCUACAUUGACUCAAUGUCUACUCUCGAGUACUCUGCUUGGGGUUACGGCUUGCGUUACGAGUACGGUAUCUUCCGACAGAAAAUUAUUGACGGUUACCAGGUAGAGCAGCCCGAUUACUGGUUGGAAUAUUCUAACCCCUGGGAGAUUCCUCGCCAUGAAAUUGGUAUUGAUGUGAUGUUCUACGGACGCGUUGAGGAAGCAUUCAACUCGCAGGGACAUGCUGUCAAGAAGUGGAUCGGUGGUGAAAUCGUCCGUGCCAUGGCCUAUGACUUGCCUAUUCCUGGUUACCGCACUACCAACACCAACAAUUUGCGUUUGUGGUCCGCCCAGCCCAACGACAUUUUUGACUUUGCCAAGUUCAACGAGGGUGAUUACCAGAAUGCCGUUGCUGAGCAGGUUGAGGCCCAAACGAUCACUUCCGUUUUGUAUCCUAACGACAACUUUCACAAAGGCAAAGAGCUGCGUCUCAAACAGCAGUAUUUCUGGGUCUCGGCCUCGCUCUCCGAUAUUGUGCGUCGGUUCAAGAAAAGUCGUCGUGAUUGGUCCGAGUUCAGCGAUAGCGCCGCCAUUCAACUCAAUGAUACGCAUCCUACUCUUGCUAUUCUUGAAUUGCUCCGUGUUCUGGUCGACUUGGAGGGUCUUGAGUGGAAAAAGGCUUGGGAUAUCACCUAUAACACUUUCGGCUACACCAACCACACGGUUAUGCAGGAGGCUCUGGAGAAAUGGCCAUUGGACGUGUUCGGAAACAUGCUUCCUCGUCACUUGGAGAUUCUGUACGAAGUCAAUUACGACUUCCUCAAGAAGGUGGAGGAGCAGUUCCCCAAUAACCCAGAGCUUAUCUCUAAGGUCAGCUUGAUUGAAGAGUCCAACCCCAAGCAGGUUCGCAUGGCCUCUUUGGCGGUUGUUGGCUCGCAUAAGGUCAAUGGUGUUGCUGAGCUCCACUCCGAGCUUGUUCGCACUCAGCUGUUCCCUGAGUAUGUCAAGAUCUACGGUGAGGACAAGUUCAUCAACAUCACGAACGGUAUCACGCCCCGCCGUUGGUUGCUCGAGGCCAAUCCUGGUCUUGCUGAGCUUAUUGCGGAGUAUACAGGUGGCACCGAGUUCCUAACUGACUUGACUCGCUUGCGUCAACUCUUGAAGCAUAUUGACGAUCCCGAAUUCCGAUCUAGAUGGAGCCGGGUCAAGCAGACUAACAAGCAUGCCCUGGCUAGUAUGAUUCGCAAGUACGCUGGUCGUCACAUCAAUGUGCAUGCGUUGUUUGAUAUUCAGGUGAAGCGUAUUCACGAGUAUAAGCGUCAACAACUGAAUGUUUUCGGCGUCAUUGACCGCUAUCUCAAACUCAAGAAGAUGACCCCUGAACAGCGCGCUAAAGAACAACCCCGUGUGGUUUUGAUUGGCGGUAAGAGUGCUCCUGGCUACUUUAUGGCCAAGGUCAUCAUCAAAUUGGUCACUGCUGUUGCCGACGUGGUUGAGUCUGACCCUGAGGUUAGCGACGUUCUCCAGGUUGUGUUCGUGCCCGACUACAAUGUUUCCAAGGCCCAGCGUCUUGUUGCGGCCAACGAUCUGAGUGAGCACAUCUCCACUGCCGGCACAGAGGCUAGUGGUACAUCCAACAUGAAGUUCGUGUUGAACGGUGGUCUGAUUAUCGGUACCGUUGAUGGCGCAAACAUCGAAAUUGGCCGUGAGGUCGGCACUGAAAACAUGUUCUUCUUUGGCCAUCUUGCCGAGAGCGUUGAAGGAGUUCGUAAAGAGAACCGCGAAAAUGGUGUCAGUCUGGACCCCAACUUGGCCGAAGUGUUUGCGACAAUCGACAACGGUCUGUUUGGCGACCCCAACAUCUACAAGCCUCUACUUGACUCUAUUCGCUACCAGGGCGACUACUACUUGGUCAAUGCCGACUUCCGCGCCUUUGUCGAGGCUCAAGCUGCGGUCGAUGCUGCGUUCGCCGACAGAGAAGGCUGGGUCACCAAGAGCAUCACCAGCGUUGCCAACAUGGGCUUUUUCAGUUCCGACCGUGCCGUCAACGAGUACGCCGAAAGCAUCUGGAAUACCGAGCCUCUCGGAAACGACUGCUAA